AUGGUGGUUCAUGUCAUGUGUUUAACCUCUACUGGAGGUAUUCCUUUGUUUUCUCGUCAGAAAGGAGAAGGAGAUACGAUGACAUUUUCUAAAAUAGCAUCUUUAAAUGGAAUACAUAUGUUUCUUAAAUCACAAAAUGUCAAACUUUCAAACACAAAUUCACCUGAUACCACAAUCAUGUGGAAAGAAUUUGAACAUAGUGUUUCUUUAAUAGUUAUCGCAAGUGGAAUUACCAAAUAUGUAUUAGAUAAGUUUCUUGAUGCUGUUUUCGGUGCAAUGAUUUUGUUUGUUGGUAUUGAAGAGCUAAAAAGUACAAAAAAUAUUGAAAAGUUAAAGAAAGAUGUACGUUUAUGUAGUCCAAUUGUUGAUAGUUUAUUGCAAUGUCUCGAUAUCGGAGAUGGAAUUUGUUCAAAAACUGAUAUCAUCAAUAUGACAGAAUGCAUUAUGUGCCAAGAAAAUAAUUUGCUUCAGACUUGUUUAGAGGGUUACGUCGAAUGUUUGGAUUCUAUAUAUGGGUGCAUUUUAAUACAUGGAUGUUUAGCAAUAGCUACUGAAGGAUGGUGGAGCUUAAAUCCUAUAGAAAGAAAAUUAUUAAUAAUAGCUGUUAAUAAUGAAGAUGCUUAUACCACACGGGACAUUCCAGUGUUUUUACCUUAUAAAAGUCCAAAUGUGGCUUUUAGACUAGUAUCCGUUACAUUGGUCAAUCAAGUUCAAGUACUAGCAUUAUGUGGACCAAGUCCAGACUUAUCAGAGAUUGAAAGGUUUGCUGUACAAUGUUGGAAAAAUAGUAUUGAUGCUUUGCACAAUGCAGAACAAUGCUAUCCACGAAAUUUACCUGCAUCUAUAAAUCUAGACUCAGAAACACUUGGAUUUCUUUUAGCAAAUUAUAAAGUGCAAAAGUUUAUACUUGGCAAAAACACGCAAUAUGCAAAAAACAGAGUCAGUGGUUCACACAGAUUGGAUAUACUAAGAACUUUUUAUCACCAAGCUGUAGAGACUUUCAUAUUAUCUUCUGAAUCAGAUUAUGGAACAUGUGAUAAUUGGAAGUUUAUCGGUGCAAAGGAAACAUAUUUAUGUUCAGAAUAUCACAAAUGUUAUGCGGUUAAACAUGGAGAUCAUAUACUUUGCAUUUUAUAUUCCUCUACAGUUCCUACUCAUACAAUGAGAUUGGUUUGUCAGAAAAUAUUAAAGACACUACUUGUUGAUAAACAAGGUUAUUGGUAA